UCAGUAGCAGCAGCCGCCAUUGUUGUACGGAAAAAUCCCCCGCCGCAACACGAAAUAAAUAACGGCCAACAUCACUCCGAUUGCAAUCCGACGACAAUAAAAGUUUCUGAAUCAUCACAUCUUAUUUGUGUUUAUAUAUAGAAAAUUGGGAAGGAUGGCUGUGCUAUAUCAGCAAAUAUCUGCAUAUAAAAGCAGCAGCAGCUCUGUUUUCCAAUUUGUACGCCCUCAAAACCCCAAAAGGAGUACGCGAUGGACAACUCCAUCUUCCGCCAUAGUCCCCAAUUUUCAUCUUCCCAUGCGAAGCUUCGAAAAUAAAAACAGGACCUUCACGGAUGACAUCAAGUCACUGCGGUUGAUAACAGCCAUCAAAACGCCCUACCUACCUGAUGGGAGGUUUGAUUUAGAGGCCUAUGAUGCUUUGGUAAAUAUGCAAAUUGAAGACGGAGCUGAGGGUGUGAUUGUCGGUGGGACCACCGGUGAAGGCCAGUUGAUGAGUUGGGAUGAACACAUCAUGCUUAUUGGCCACACCAUCAAUUGCUUUGGCUCGUCAAUUAAGGUCAUUGGAAACACUGGAAGUAACUCAACUCGAGAGGCAGUCCACGCAACCGAACAGGGGUUUGCAGUUGGGAUGCAUGCAGCCCUCCACAUCAACCCUUACUAUGGUAAAACCUCAUUAGAGGGGAUGGUUGCUCACUUCCAGAGUGUUCUCCCAAUGGGUCCCUCAAUUAUCUACAACGUGCCCUCCCGAACAGGUCAAGAUAUUCCACCACGUGUUAUCUACUCAAUUGCUGAAAGCACCAACUUUGCAGGCAUCAAGGAAUGUGUGGGUCACGACAGAGUAAAAGAAUACACCAAAAAUGGGAUCAGUGUUUGGAGUGGGAACGAUGACGAGUGCCAUGAUUCAAGGUGGGAUCAUGGAGCUACAGGAGUUAUAUCAGUUACUAGCAAUUUGGUUCCCAGUUUGAUGCGAGAAUUACUGUUUCAAGGUAAAAAUCCUUCACUUAACAAAAAACUUUUACCUUUAAUAAAUUGGCUUUUUUGUGAGCCAAAUCCAAUUGGGAUAAACACAGCUUUAGCUCAGUUAGGGGUCAUACGACCUAUCUUUCGAUUACCAUAUGUACCCCUCCCUUUGGCCAAACGGGUCGAGUUUGUGAAUAUAGUGAAGGAAAUUGGGCGGGAGAAUUUCAUAGGAGACAAAGAUGUUCAGGUUCUUGAAGAUGAUGAUUUUCUGUUGGUGGGUCGUUAUUAGUCAAGCUAAUAGUGUUGGCAAUUGAGAGAUUUUCUAUUUUAUAUCCUUGUAUAAUUUUUGAUAAUUUCCAGUUUACAGUAUGUUCUUACUCACGAAUAAGUUAUUGUCUGCUUGAAGUUUGCCUCUUUUAUUUA